AAUCUCAGACGUCGAUUCACCGAACCCAGAUAUCUAUCUCGCCUGACCCUAGCUCAGUAAUGGCCAAGGACAAGCGCUCAAAGGCACCGGGGCCGCCCGCGACCGCAUCUGCGGCGCCUGCAGCGGUACCUCCGUCCUGGCCGCCGUUCAAACCUGCGCUGCCGGUGGUAGACCUGGCAUUGGAGUCACUGGUUCAAGACAAAGUGGUCGUCCUCAGGUCCUUUUUCCCGCGCUCGCUCUGCAAGGAUUAUGUUUCCUUUCUCCGCGAGCUUCCGCUCGUCACGACCCCCGGCAAGCCCAAGCGCGGCGAGGCGCUGAGGGUGAAUGACCGCUACCAGAUCGACGACGCCCGGUUUGCCCACCGGCUGUGGACGGAGACGGGGCUGAAGGAGGCGCUUCUCAGCAAGGACGUGGCUCGUCUGUGGGGCGGGGAAGUCGUAGGGCUCAAUCCCAACAUAAGAAUCUACCGCUAUUCCCCAGGCCAGUUCUUUGACGCACACUACGACGACUCGAACAACGUCACCCUCAAACCUGAGACGGGCCCAGCGCUGCCCGCGCGAACAACCUGGACUUUGCUCCUCUAUCUGACAUCCUCAGCCGACGGCUGGUACGUCCUAUCCCCGGUCACACCACACCACACUGCACCAGACCAGCUCCCACCUCCUUUCCCGCCCCUGAGGAGAAACCCCAUCAUCACUGGACAACACCCACAACCAGGCCACCAUUUUCCCCCCUUUCUCAGACCAUUGAGGAAGGGAGCAACAUAACUAACCAAACUCACCCCGCCCCUCGCCCCUGCCGGGG